GAAUCCACAACUGAAUAUAAUUCUACAUGACCUGUGUAUGCCAUUGCUGCUGGUUCAUUAAGGCUGACAACGACUCGUGGAGUCCACGUCCUAAUUUUUCCAUCCAACAACUUCCACUACGACUUUAUCUUAAUUUUUGUUUUGCUAAUGCUAACAUGGCCUCAGCCAAUUUGGAAGCCUGUGUCUUGCAGGAGCUCACCUGCCCAGUUUGUCUGGACCUCUUCCGUGACCCACACCUGCUCCCUUGUGGCCACAACUUUUGCAAAUCUUGCCUUCAUCACUUGAAACAGCAGGCAGAGCGUGGACGCCUGCGAUGCCCAGAGUGUCGCAAUAGCCAUCGUAGCACCACUAGCUUCCAGAAAAAUUUUAAACUGGCCAAUAUUGCUGACGACUACCGGCAGAGACGCAGGACGCCCAGCUCUGCUCCUGCCAGAGCGACAGCCCUAAUGCCCAGAGAUUCACUUCUGGCGUUGGCUGGGUCACAUUCCUCCAGGGGUGUUACUGCUGUUCCUUGUGACUACUGUCCAUCUGUUGGCUCCAAGGCCUCAGGUGGGGGCGCUGCUCAGGACAUACCCCCUGCUGCUUCUGCUUUACAAGGAGCAGGUGAUGGAGUAGCUGCUGCUCCACCGACCACAUUUGCGGUGAAGACGUGCCUAAAGUGUGAAGUGUCCAUGUGUCAGGAGCACAUAAAGCCACAUCUGGAACUGCCGGCAUUCUGUGAGCACCCACUGACUGAUCCGAUUAAUGAUUUCUGGAGGAGGAAGUGUCCAGCGCAUGAUGAAAUCUACAGGUAUUACUGCAUGGACGACAAGGCCUGUGUCUGCACUGCCUGCACGAUAGAAGGAGAACACGCAGGGCACACAAUAAAGACUCUAAAGAACACAAUGAAGGAUCUCAAGGGGAAACUGGACAAGCAGCUGUACAGAGUUGACAGGAAGUGCAGUAUGGCUGAUAAGAAACUGCAGGAGCAGAGGGAGAAGGAGAGACAGAACAAGGCGUUCAUGGAUGAGUCGGAGCAGUGCCUGAACAGACUGGGAGAUGAAUUGAGGGUCAAAGUGCAGAGCUUUGUCACCCGGCUGCAACAGUGCACACAUGCCCACUCGGACACCAACGGUCAGGCCAUUCAGAAGAACAUCUCCAGGAUCUGCCAGGACCGGGCCCGUCUGCAAGAAGCUCGCUGCGGCAUCGAAAGCCUUAUGCAGGAAAACGACCCUUUUUUAUUCAUCGAGGUGUACAAGACAAAAAGAGUAAGUGUCCAUCUUCUGUUUCUUCUUCUUCAGCACACAUUUAUUUAUCUAUUAAAUGUCUCAUGGUGUUCCUAUUUUCCGAAAACACAGAUAAAACAGCCUACUGUACUGUAUGUGACUUUACAGUAAAUGUCUGCAACUGUAUGAUGGCAUCUCAGUCCUUAUUUAAAAGCAUUUGUUCAUUUUUCUUUUAUUUACCAAUAAGCAUGUUGUUAGAAUGUACACUAACAACUUCAGUUACCAUUUCUGUGACAAAACAUUUGCUAUAAAAGGAGCAUCCACUGAAGUGGUGCUUCCCCAACCGUUGGGCCAUUCCCUCCUAUUGACUUGGGGCUUUUGCAGUGGGACACACUGUAGGAAGGCAAAUACAUGUUCAGUUUAAAUUUUUUCUUCAUUUCUGCCAGUUUAUGGUUGUAAAAUUGCACUGAUUUCUCAUUUCAUUCCCUUUGUUAAAAAGAAAAGCUGUUUUUGUAGGAGGUACAGUGUGUGAGUGUGUUUGUUCUUGGCCCAUUUUUAGAAACAUUAACAUUCAACAAACUACAUUUGUUCGUGGGACAAAUGUUCUUUGUGGGGAUAUUGUUCAGCUCCCCACUCAAGGAAAAGGGUGUUUUGUGGUUCCAGAUUGUGAUUGGAGCUAGGAUUAGAAUUUGCAAGGAUUAAGAUAAGAUUCUGUAUUUGUAAUAGUUUAGGUCAAGGUAAGGUGUGAGGUAAAACAUUGUGUGUGUGUGUGUGUGAAGUGCUCACAAAACCUAGUGUGUUUACAGUUACGUACGUAUAUGUCUGUGUGGGUGUGUUUUCUAGGUGCCGCAGGCAGCUGAGGAAGAACAUGUUCUACCCGGAGUACGUGGACAUGGAGACGGAGGUCCUCGUGGCCCAGAUGGAGGAAGAAAUGAGGAAAUUUCUGGAUGUGGAUCUGCCGUGUCACAUUGUAACAGCCUUCAGCAGCAUGUGUGCGUAUCACUACCAUCAUCAGUAAUCUGGAAUGGACCACUACCUGUACCAUAGAUGUUCCAUUUUAGUCAAAGAAGAAUGAAGAACUGAUUCUUCUCCAUAUCUUUUCUCAUAUUUUUCAUUAGCUUCAAAUUCUUAUCAUUCCUUUCCUUCAUCACCUUUUUCAUCUUAUCUUUUAUCACCUUUUCUUUGUUGCUCUUUGGCUUCUUCUUUGUUGUCACCUUUAUUUUCACCAGGAUCACCUUACACAUUCAACACACAAAGCUAAUGUUUCCUAUUGUUAUAGAAAUGCCCUUUUUGCAUGCAAAAAAAUAAAUUUCGUUGAGCCUUCAAAUUAUCUUUCAGAUUCUGAUGAGGAUGAGGACCAUGAGGAAAACGAGGAAGAGGCUGUGGAAGAUGAUGAGGAGGAGGAUGAAGACGAUGAUUUCAGUGACAGCAGCGAGGAUGAAUUAAGGAGCGAUGGGGAAGAGGAGGAGGACGAAGAGGAGGAUGAGGACGAAUCACACAACCCCGUUGAGCUGGCCGCUGACCUCUACAGCCCCGGAGAGGAGGAGGAAGGGGAGGAAGAAGAAAGUGUAGAGGAAGAAGAAGAAGAAGAUGAUGAUGAGGAGGAGGAGGAAGAGGAGGAGGAAGUGGAGGUCCUUUAAUGAUGGGUUUACAUGCUAUUUUUUUCACACCUUUUGGAGCCCUUUGAAACCCAACGCUGCAUUAACAGCUGCAUCCAUCUGCUCCUUGAACGUGUAACAUCCAGCAUAGAACACACGACCCACGUCGGCUGGAUUCAUACUGUACAUGAACCAUAGACUCAGAGUCUUAAGCUUCACCUGCUGAAAAUAAUAUGGUGCUUUAUCUGCUGAGAUAUUUACCUACAGGCGACCAAUGUGAAUGUGUGAUGACAGAAUGUGAAAACAAAUGUCACGUUUUAUCACAAACUGUGCACACUGGACUUUCUACCACUCUGGGAAAACAUGAGUGAAAAUGUGAGCUCACUUAGUUUACAGUACUUAUAGAAGUUGCGUUUGUUAGUAAGAACUAACGAACUAACUGUGAACUGACAGGGAUUGUUCAGUUCUCUUGAUCAGGAGGUUUAUAUUUUUGAACUGGGGAUUUCAAGCUUAAGCUUCUGAAAGAAAAGGCUCAGCUACCUCCAACUAAGGUCCCUGUUCAAAAUGUUUGUUUCCAGACUGAUUGCUGGAGUUUGCUUAUCUUAAUGCCAUCCACCAAAGUCCAUUUAUAAAAUCAAUUGUUUAAGCUAGAUAGAAUUACAGCAUAUGAGUUUCCAAACAUUCCAAAAUCCCUGCAAUCAAAAGUCAAAUAUUUAGCUCAAGACAAGAUCAAACCAGGACUCUGUAUUAAUUCAAUAAAACAGUAUUAAUUCACUUUUGUUAAAUAUUAUCAAUGCCAAAUUUUGUAAAAAUCAAGUCUAAAAAUCAACAUGAAACCUGAGUGAUGGUGAGGGUUGAGCAGCUUAAGUUUUUACAGACAAUUUAUCUACAGAAAAACCACCACAUUAACAAUCGGGUGGGGUUUGCAUUUGGCUGGAACUGAUGCAUUUUAUCACAUGAACGACAAAGUGAGAUCAUAUGCACUGUUGUGGCGUACAGAAACAGCAAUACAUGCAAAUGCUAUAUUGAUGUUGGAAGUGAGUUGUUUGUGUUUACCACACAACCACCCUUGCAGUAGUAAACAGGCUGUGACUGUUUUGCAAAGAAAAUCUCCCAGAUUUAGAAGGACUUUACUACUAUUAGUAUGGCAUUCACUGGCAGAACCAAGCUUUGGAAAAAUGCUGUCUCAUGGUAACCUCACUGUGAAGAGCUGAAUUUUCCCUCCAAGAGAAUGAAUUGACGACAGGACUUGAAUGAGUCUUUCUUGUUGUGGUAUCCUCAUCAAUGCUUGAGCUAAUUAUUGCAAGCCAAAGAGUUUUUGAAAAUGCAUGGACGAGUUCUAGAAGUUUGUUUGCUUUGGCAUGAGUCGACUGCUGCUUCCCAUAACUCAUCCUGCUGUAGAGCAAGUUAAUACAAAUGUUGACUCUUUCUAUGCACUCUUCCAAUAGUAUAUUCUUACGAUAUCAGUUUCAGGUGAUGUGGAGUUUUGCACUUUAAUAUAAAAAAAAGUUAAGAUAAGCCUGAAGACUUUGAAUGUUAAGCGCUGGGUUUUAUUUUGAUAUACUGUAAGUGCUUCUGUAAGUCAGUUAUCUGAAAUGAGGAGGAUGAAAAUAAAGCUUGUUGAAUUGUGCCA